GCGAGAUCAUGGGCAUAGGCGGAUGUUAUCAGCGUGGCACACUGUCGGGGGUGGGUUGAAGGGUCGGACAGGAAAAGAAAAAGAAGGCGAGGACAUCUGUAACGAAAACGGUAAUAAAACGAGUAGCUAAAUGUAGCCUAUUUUAACAUCUUUAUUAUUGAUCACCUUGAAAAGAGACCAUUUAUAAACUAAAUGUUUGAAUGAGGCGUUAAACGUGUUUUCUGUAGCCAAGAUGACAUUAGGCCAGAGAAACAUAUUAGCCAGCGACGUUGAUGCCGGAAACGAACGAACAAUUGAAGUGAAAAGACUCGUUUCAGACAACACCAGUCAGAGCUAGACAGGCCAAUGCUAGAUAGCUAGCAGGUCAUCAUAGUCAUGUAUACAGUGCCAUCAUUACCAUUGUGAAGUUAGUAACACAUCCCUGGUCAGCUAGCUAGCUAUUCUUCGCCCCUGUAGUAGUGGACAAGCUCUCUAAGCUAACUAACUAGGUUAACUAUCUAUCCUAGCUUUCUAGCUAACUCGCUAGCUACCACUGACAUGACAAGUGACUUGGCCGGUUUCAUAACCGUCGUCCACCUAUCCGCACUUGCUAUACUGGGCGUUUUUAAAUGAGAAUCAUUGUAACUAACUAACUAACGUUAUUUGUUUGUCCAACUAGCUACAGUAGUUAUCUAGCACUGAUUUGAGUUUACGUGAAGAGGGGGAAAUUAGCCAUCUAGCUAAUAGAGCUUGGGUGCGGCUAACCCAGUCAUAGACGAACUACCUUUAGCGCCUAUUGACGAUAGUAUCUUCUGCCAGGCCUGGGGGGAGUUUUGUUAAGAUCCCCAACGCUCAUUCUGAAUGUUAAAACGCAUCGCUUGCGGUAUAGGUUUUGGAAGCUGUACUUGUGCUAUCUAGCGUGCUCUGAACACCUGUGUGUAAAUGGGUAGGAAGUGUAGUUCGUCAACUGGAGGCACACACAGUAUAGGUCUGUGCAAAAAAAAUUAAAAUGAUAUGAAAUAUAGGGGCAAAUCAGCAUGUUUCGAAAACCGUUUAGCAAGAGAUGAUUUGACGUUUCUAAACGUUAAAACAGCGUGGGCGAAGCUAACCGCUGAAAAUCCUACGGAGAAGGGUUUUUGAGAUAGUUAAGGUGCAGGUGUUGUUGUUGAGGACAUGCGUCCAUGUGGUGGCUAGCUGGAUGGCAAUCAAAGGGUCUUCUGCAGGUAGUCUGCCCUUGUUUAGUGAUGAUAGUGUCAAUGUUUUUAGGUAUUAUGGGUCAUUCCAUGUGAAAAUUGAAUAAACAUUCCCACGAAUGUAUUUUCCUGAAAUUCAGUAGGCUUAUUGAGAAAUAAUUAAUCAAAGUUUGGUUACUAUAAAUGUAUGGGGUUACAGGCCUUGAACACUAUGGACUGGUUUCAUGGACUCAGAUUAACCCUAGUCCUGGACUGAAAAGCACUGUGCAAUGUAGAUCCUUCAUUGAAUGCUCUUCUUAGUCAAGGAGGACUAGGCUAAAUCUGUGUGUGGGGAAACUGGCACCAUGGUAAUAUUCCAGAUGCACAGAAUCUGUAGCCUAACUCUGUAAUCACUGGAGCUGAGGUUGGUGGCUGGCUUUCAUAGGUCCUUUGGUGGGGGGUAUGGGUUUGAUGCAUUUAGGAGGCUUAGCCCCAAAUUAAGUUCAUUAACAGGAGGGAACCAGGGUUUCCAUUAGCCAUAAUAGAAAGCCGAUAAAUAAAAUUGGCACCAGCCAAUUGCCUGUGAGAAGAAAAAAUUGGCGUGUGUAUAUUCGUUAUGUAUCUUAUUUAUCACACGUGCACAACAUACCGAUACAGAGCCUUUGACAUGUACAUAUUACCUAAAUUACCUUGACUAACCAGUGCCCCUGCACAUUGACUAUGUACCGGUACCCCCUGUUUAUAGCCUCCCUACUGUUAUUUUAUUUUACUGCUGCUCUUUAAUUAUUUUGUAUUUGUAUUUUUUACUUAUCUAUUUUUUACUUAACCAACAAUGCAGUUAAGAAAAAAUUUGUUAAGGGCUUGUAAGUAAGCAUUUCACUGGAAGGUCUACACCUGUUGUAUUCGGCGCAUGUGGCAAAUACAAUUUCAAUUGAUCUGUCAGACAGUGCUUUUAUAAGCCCAAUCAUUGCGCAACAAUUCUAAAUGCAAUAGUUUAUUUCUCAACUGGUAAUUGAAGCGCGCUUCCCAUUCGCCAUUCAAAAUCAUAGGCAACAGAAGCCAAGCUUCAUCAGCGCGUCACACACCGCUUUGCAAUGAGCUGGAGGCAGUAUGCAUUUUGAAAACAUAUAGCUACUUAAUUGUUUGAAACCUGAACGUUUUACUUCAUAUUAUGAGGCAUGCUUUAAAGUAUACCUUGCUUCAAAGUAGCCUAGGCAAAAUCCGACCAUAUCCGUGGAGGAAACUAUUUUAUAGACUUCCAUAGGCCAUUGAAACCAGUAGCCUAUUUCGCUCAUGUUCUAUUGGUUUUCAACAUUUUUUUCAUUUUCCGGUAGCCAAAUGUACAUUUGCAUGAAGCCUACUGCCUUGUGCACAUUUCUGUGCUAAUAAUGUUAAGACAUAGUAGUUUAUCAACAUUUUAAGCUAAACUUUCUGAUCUGUUGCAUCAGAUUAAUUGCUUUUUAAUGUUGUUGUUUUUUAUGUUGCCUAGGCCUACUGAUUUGUAAGAAUUUGGGAUCUAUCAUCCUACAACUGUCCCAGAGUCUGUUUGGGCUAUUUAUUUCUCAACAAGCUGACCAAUAGAAUAGGUCAACUUUUUACUAUGGGAGAUAGUAGAUUGACAUGGGCUCACAGACGGCGCGUCCAUAAGGCUAGGGGAAGCUUUCCCUGGGUAAAUUGAAUUAAAUUGCCAAAAUGACAUAGCCUAAUUAGCCUACUGUCUAUACAAAAAUAAAUAAAACCAUUCAAAAUAGGCUACUAAAGCAUGAUUUGGCAACAGCAGAUCAUUAGCUUCCCCUAGCCUUAAAAAACAAUAAAAGUUGUGUAUUGUUUUAAAUUGCAUUGCCUACAAUCGAAAGGAAAGGCAGCGCGCGCAGCAAAUACCAAAUAGAUAGUUGUUGAGUUGUGACUGUCAGUGAAAAGUAGAGGCCCAGCCAGGCAUAUCGCAAUAUUUAAAAAUUAAAUCACGGGAACGGAAAAGGCUAUUGGAGUAUUUUCAUUGUCUUCUCUUUACAGCAAUCUGUUUUUUAGUUAUCAAAAUUCUCAACUUAAUUGAGCAAACAGUAGGCCUAUAGCCUAUCUUAUUGGCACCAGCUGAGAGCAUCGGCCAUAUCCCUGGUGAGUGCGCACUGCAUAUAUUCACUACCAUUGUUGGGUCAGUGCCACUUAAGUUUGUUUUUGGACAAUAAUUUCGUCCUCCAGUUUAGAUGGACGUCAUAUUAUAUUUGUGUCUCCAAUUCUCGUAGGCCUAUUAUAUGGCAAUGUCGUUUUUAUUGAUCCGUUUGUCAGUUGAGUAGGCUACCCUGUAAUAUGUCCUAAAAAAAAUCUGCUGUCUCCAGUCAUAUAAAGUGUAGUAGAAUUGCAUGAAAUGUAUUUUUCCCUAGUAAAGAAAUAAGAAACGUAUCUGAUAUAGCCUAUAGCCCAGGCCUCUACGCGCUCAGCCAUGCAUUGAACGGUAUUUUUGGCGAACAGUGAUUUAAUUAUAUUAUUAGCCUAAAUUAUGACUAUCCUAUCUACUCAUCACAUUACGAAUAGUAGGCUAUUUUGCUGUUCGUUACUCGUCUUGUUGGCUGAGGAAAGGUAAAUGUGGACAGUUAUUCUAACAUCUUCAAAGUGCAUGGUAAGAACACGCUCAAUUUGCAUGUUCUGUUAAGAUUAAUUACCAUCAUCUAAAUGUGACUUCUGUCAUUCUGAGCUCCAUGGGUGGACACCCUAAUCCAGUUACGCAUCCAAUGCAUAUGGGUCCGGUGAAUUUCUCAAAUGUCCGGUAAAUUAAAACGCUGCCAGUCAAAUGCCCAGAGCCACAUUUUCAUAAUGAAAACCCUGGUAGGAACACUCUUUCUGCACUCGGGGUGCACGCAACAGGCACCGUAGUGGUCCCAUUGAACCAUGGUUCGGUUCACAUUCAAAGGCCGCUGGAUAAAAUGCAGUCCAGUCCGACACAGGAAAUGCUUUGUACAGUAUUAUAGAUUGUAGACUGAGUGGGCAAUCGACAAAAUGGCUCACAGACUUACUUGGAGCCAAAAUGAGUGCUGCAUUCCAAUUUUCUACCCUCUGCCUUAAGUGUGCACUUAUUCAAUAGCCUUCAUGGAUUUAAAAGGAGAGCACUGGUGGCUUACUACAAUCCAAUGCUUUUAUGUGUUGGGAGGAAUGCAAGAGGUAGAAUUGGGACGCAACCAAGGUUAAAUGUCUAUUGGAAAUAUGGGCUGAUGAAAACGUUAGGCCAACUCAGUCAGUGCCGAUGAGUUCCAGAACACUGACCACAUAUUAAUAGAGUAUGCAAUGUAGGUCAAGCAAUGCAUUUCCUUCUCCAUCCGCAUUACCUUGUAUGCAUCCUCCACAUGUGCCGUUUAGCUAGCUAAUCAUUUACAAUGGGAAAAUAAGUUAUGUUUCUUCACCUGUCUGUAUAUUUAUUUUUUAUUUUUUACUAACUCAAUAACUUGAAAGCCCUGAUUUGCUAAGGUAAUUUUAAGAUGUCAGGCUUGAAAAUCCAUUGAGCCAUUUUGGCACAGUGACUCACUACCCAAACCAGACGCAACUGGUUUCAAGUGGCCAAGAGAUGUCAUGUAAUCUCCUACUGCUAUCUAGUGGAAGAACUGGGAAUCAGACGGAGGAUAUAUUUAAAUAAAUGGAUAGGUAGAGACUUCAGCUUUCUACUCAUAUGUACAGUAUAUCAUUCCUGUAAGACGACGGUAUAGCACGUUACAAAAGCCCUGCACUUUUAAAAUGUCUGUGUACCAAUGGGAAUUUGCGCAUGAUUAGACCAUCAUUAGGUAAAAGAUCUGAUCUUUUUUUUUUGGAACAGUAAUUGGUGACAUUUUCUCAAACCUAGACUUUCAAAUCUCUUAUUCCCCAACAUGGGGACAAUUGGGGGGACCCCACCCCACUAAAAAAGAACCCCCGGUAAAUGUCAGUUUUGUUUGGUCUGCUGUAUCUCGGGCUCUGUAGUAGUAGUUACAUUGUUUCUGACCCCUUUAUCUGAGUCCCACAGUUCUUACCUUUCUAACAGUUUUUGUAGGACUUAGUUUUGAAAACAAUUUACUUUUAGGGUAGUAUACAAUAUUAUGCGUCGUUUAGAAAAUGCCACCAGAGGGGGUCAGAGUAACAGUUUAACACUGUAUGAACACAUUUGUUUACACAUUUUAAUUCGCUUGGUUGUACUAUAUUAUCACUAAAACUCAAAAUAGUUUUUCUAAGAAAAUGUUGCCACUUUUGGUGGAUUUGCACUUUAACUGAGAAAUUUUCUUGCAGAUGGCUGCGAUCCGUAAGAAACUGGUGAUUGUUGGUGAUGGUGCUUGUGGAAAGACCUGUCUGCUCAUAGUCUUCAGUAAAGACCAGUUCCCUGAGGUCUACGUACCUACAGUGUUUGAGAACUAUGUGGCAGAUAUUGAGGUGGACAGUAAGCAGGUGAGUUUGUACUGUUAGUCACACAGUAUGCUAUCAAGACAUAAUUUAAAGCACCAUUUUUAUGUUGAAGUCUUAUAGUUUUCACCUUUUCUCCAGAACAAGUUAGUUUUUGGCCAAACAGCAGUGUAUGCACUCACUACUGUAAGUCGCUCUUAAUAAGAGUGUCUGCUAAAUGAUUAAAAUUUAACUGAAUUUCUGCUCUCCGUGUGGCUUCUAGGUGGAACUGGCCCUCUGGGACACAGCUGGACAGGAGGACUACGACAGACUACGGCCUCUCUCCUACCCCGACACUGAUGUCAUCCUCAUGUGCUUUUCCAUAGAUAGCCCUGACAGCUUGGGUAAGACAUUGGGGACUGUAAUGUUAAUAUUUGUCAUGUGUGGUAAAUGCAACAAAUCGUCCCGUUUCACUUGCAGCAUUUUCCUAAAAUGAUCCCCUGUGUCUGAAACAGAGAAUAUCCCAGAGAAGUGGACCCCUGAAGUAAAACACUUCUGUCCAAAUGUGCCCAUCAUUCUUGUGGGUAAUAAGAAGGACCUGCGGAAUGACGAGCACACACGUCGGGAGCUAGCAAAAAUGAAGCAGGUACAGUAUGCAUCAUAAAAAUGUAUUAUUUAAUUUCAGCAAAUUGACUCAUUGUCCUGAUCCAGUCAGGAUAUUUCUGAAAUGUAGCAUUGAAACUAAACAAACCAUUGACAUUUGUUUUCAUAUGGUUGUGUUGCCUCCGCUACCUUCACUUCAUGUAUUGUCUGCUAUUGUCUAAAUCUACACAGGUUGAGGUUUUUGUUUUGUUCAGUUAUCCAACAUGCUAGUUACGUUUUUCUUUGGCUUGUUAUGAUUGGUGGUUAAGUAUGUCACAGGAUGCCAACCAUAGCAUACCUCUGAACACUUUUCCACCUCUGACACAUGAACAGGAACCAGUGAAGCCAGAAGAGGCCCGGGACAUGGCUAACCGCAUCAACGCGUUUGGCUACUUGGAGUGCUCGGCCAAGACGAAAGACGGCGUGAGGGAGGUGUUUGAGAUGGCCACCAGGGCCGCACUGCAGGCCAAGAAACGCGGAAAGAAGAAUGCCUGCCUCCUGCUAUAG